AUGACCCAACUGGCAGUGCACGACGGACAGCCCGCCAGACGGUGCUACCAGACUAUUCACAAACGUGCAAGGUCUCGUCAGCGCUCUCCACGCCUCGCAACGCUCCCCGCCCCACAUCUGCGGCCGUCUGCGGGGCCUAUACUCACUCGCCCACAAGGUCUGGCACGGACAUUGCGACCGCACACGCAAGCGUCAAGUGUGCUCUCUCACCCACGCCCGCAUCGCAGGCCGCUCGUUUUCCUCAACUGUCGACGCAGCCCGGCAAGGCAGGGCGGCCAGGGAGAUCCCUGGUAAGCAAGC